UAUUUCAGAUACAAUGGUUGUGCUUCGCUCUAUUCUAAGCACAAUUAAACGGAAGAAAGGUUCUUGUUUCUCUCUGUUUCAUGUAAGCUGUGCUUCUGUAUGAAUGAAUGAGUUCACACAAGAGAUCAGUUUUACGAACUUUGUGAAAGAGAUCUCAAAUCGUCAAUGACAGUACUAUCAAUGCCACAACUAACCAGUAAUCAAGUGUUUUUUAUCUAAAUAAUUAUAAUGAUAAUGUAAUAUAUUAUAUCUACAGAAAUAAUUCGUUUCAUAAAAUGAAGCAAACAAUUGCAUUAAUUGCAUAACUUAUCCGUUAAUCGUUUUCUAUAGUAAUUUUCUUCGCUAGAGUGUAUUGAAAGGUGCAACAACGUUUGCAUAUGAAGUAAGAAAUUGUGUAAAUCAGGAUUUGUAGAAAUAUGAUUACUUAAACAAUAUCUUUAUAUGUCCAAUUAUUAUUUAAUAUAAUGAUAGAAAAUUUUGGAUUGAUUUCAUCUAUCUGUGUUGCGAAUUUUGUAUUUAUAACACAUUGGAUACAUCAAUACAAAAUUUUCUUCGCGGUGAUAACAUUAGUGUGAAUCAGCGCUCUCUGUUUCUUUUGCCAGAAGCUAUUAGGACAUGUCCAAAGUUGUUUAAUAACCUAUAGACGGCAUGGCAAAGGAAGUACAUAAAUGUUUGAUAAAUUAUUUCUCACAGUUAGAGAAAGUAGAUUGCAAGUGGAAUGAAUUAUCCGAGGAAGCUAAGCGACCUCUGCACGCGUUGAGAAAUCAAUCAGAGCAACUCCGACUCGUCAUAAGCGAAGUUGAUGAUGCAGAACUCUGUAAAGUAGAUGAGCUACGCGAAAGAUUGAUUUUUAAAAUUCUUAUGGGGAUCGACAAUGAACUGACAUUACUGUUCAACAUUUUAACGCGAUUCAAUAACAUUAAUCAAGACUUAAAAAAUCGUUUAAACAAUCUGGAAGAUGCACGAAGCAAGAUUUCGCUAGACGAAGGAACAAUGAAGGAAUUAAUCAAUGGGACACCCUAUAGACCACGAUUAAAUUUGCUUUUAGAAUGGGCUAUUGAGGCUUUCAAUUACUACCAUGAAUUAUAUCUUCUGAUCAAUGGAAAUGUGAAACAAUUCAAUUACAAAGAUGAAGAUACGAUUGAAAAUUUAACGAAGUCUUUUGUCGAGGACCGGUUUAAAAGGGCGCAGAUCGAACGUAUACUAUAUUUCACGCAAUUCUUAAUAAAAGAGUCUUUACGUUAGAAAUUUUUUUUUAUUGCGUAUAACUACCACAAAUCUUCAUAAACAAAUAUUUUUAGAGCCUGCAAUAUUUUAUAUAUAAUUAGAAUAAAUAAAAAUAUUUCUAUUUA